AUGCUGACCGGUGCUCUGGAGAGCGUGGAUGGAGAAAUCUUCGGCAGCAAUCCCAGGACAAAGGCGAGCACGGCUGAGCAAUCGAGGCCUGAGGACAAGCGUGGGACGAUGUCGGAGGCGCGACACGACAGCACGAGCAGUUUGCAGCGGAAGAAGCCACCAUGGCUGAAACUGGACAUCCCGGUGCCAGUGCCCGUGACAGUGCCAGAAGAGCCCCCCCAGCCCGUGCAGCCGACGCGGCGCCAGUUCCUGCGGAGCGUGAGCAUGCCGGCCGACAACAGCCGCGUGCCGUCCCUGCCCCACGACGGGAGGAGACCGGUGCUACAACGACAGACCUCAAUCACCCAGACCAUCAAGAGGGGCACAGCAGACUGGUUCGGGGUGAGCAAAGACAGCGACGCGACUCAGAAGUGGCAGAGGAAGAGCCUGCGGCACUGCAGCCUGCGCUACGGGAAGCUGAAACCUCAGGUCAUCCGGGAGAUGGACCUGCCCAGUCAGGACAAUAUUUCUCUAACGAGCACAGAGACUCCCCCUCCCCUCUAUGUGGGACCCUGCCAGCUGGGCAUGCAAAAGAUCAUCGACCCCCUGGCCCGCGGCCGAGCUUUCCGCAUGGCUGAGGACGCCGACGGCUGCAGCAUCCCCCACACCCCCAUCACCCCCGGGGCCACGUCCCUCUGCUCCUUCACCAGCUCCCGCUCGGGCUUCAACCGCCUGCCCCGGCGCCGCAAGCGCGAGUCUGUGGCCAAGAUGAGCUUCCGAGCGGCCGCGGCGUUGGUGAAGGGCCGCUCGGUGAAGGACAGCACGCUCAGGAGGGCUCAGCGGCGCAGCUUCACCCCGGCGAGUUUCCUGGAGGAGGACACGGUGGAUUUUCCGGAUGAGCUCGACACUUCUUUCUUCGCUCGGGAAGGAGUCCUUCAUGAGGAGCUCUCUACUUACCCGGAUGAAGUGUUUGAGUCGCCGUCAGAAGCUGCAAUCAAAGAUGCUGAGGUGAAACCUCCAGAUCAGACAGAUCUUACAGGAGGAGCCUUGGACAAAAACGAGCUCGAAAGAAGCCACUUACUACUCCCCCUGGAGCGCGGCUGGAGGAAGCAGAAGGACGGGGGCCUGGCGCAGCCCAAGGUGCGCUUGCGGCAGGAGGUGGUGAGCGUGAGCCCCCAGAAGCGCGGGCAGCGCAUCGCCGUGCCCGUCAGGAAGCUCUUUGCCAAGGAGAAGAGGCCCUACGGGCUGGGCAUGGUGGGCAAGCUGACCAACAGGACGUACCGCAAGCGCAUCGACAGCUAUGUCAAGCGGCAGAUCGAGGACAUGGACGACCACAGGCCUUUCUUCACCUACUGGGUCACCUUUGUGCAUUCCCUCAUCACCAUCCUCGCUGUGUGCAUCUACGGCAUCGCCCCUGUGGGGUUCUCACAACACGAAACUGUUGAUUCAGUCUUGCGGAACAGAGGGGUUUAUGAAAACGUCAAGUAUGUUCAGCAGGAAAACUUCUGGAUCGGCCCCAGCUCAGAGGCCCUGAUCCACCUGGGGGCCAAGUUCUCACCGUGCAUGAGGCAGGACCAGCAAGUGCACAGCUUCAUCAGCGCCAAGAGGGAGAAGGAGAAGCACUCGGCCUGUUGUGUGCGGAACGACAAGUCGGGCUGCGUGCAGACCUCAGAGGAGGAGUGCUCAUCCACGCUGGCCGUGUGGGUGAAGUGGCCCCAUCACCCCAGCACGCCGAUGCUGGCAGGGAACAAGAGGCAGUUCGGGUCUGUUUGUCAUCAGGACCCCAGGGUGUGUGAGCAGCCAGCCUCGAUGGAGCCCCACGAGUGGCCAGACGACAUCACCAAGUGGCCGAUCUGCACAAAAAACAGUGCUGGGAAUUACACCAACCACCUCCACAUGGACUGUGUGAUUACAGGCAGGCCCUGCUGCAUUGGGACCAAAGGAAGGUGUGAAAUAACCUCCCGGGAGUAUUGUGAAUUUAUGCGGGGCUAUUUCCACGAGGAGGCAACGCUCUGCUCUCAGGUGCACUGCAUGGAUGACGUCUGUGGGCUCCUCCCUUUCCUAAACCCAGAAGUCCCCGACCAGUUCUACCGCCUCUGGCUCUCGCUUUUCCUCCAUGCUGGGAUCCUGCACUGUCUGGUUUCAGUCUGUUUCCAAAUGACGAUCCUGCGGGACCUGGAGAAGCUGGCAGGGUGGCACCGCAUCUCUAUCAUCUACCUUCUCAGUGGCAUCACUGGGAACCUUGCCAGUGCAAUAUUUCUACCCUACAGAGCAGAGGUUGGCCCUGCAGGAUCCCAGUUUGGGAUUCUGGCCUGUCUCUUUGUGGAGCUCUUCCAGAGUUGGCAAAUCCUGGCACGCCCAUGGAGGGCUUUCUUCAAGCUGCUGGCUGUGGUGCUCUUUCUUUUUGCCUUUGGCCUCCUGCCUUGGAUUGAUAAUUUCGCUCACAUUUCAGGAUUUAUCAGCGGAUUCUUCCUCUCCUUUGCCUUCCUGCCCUACAUUAGCUUUGGGAAGUUUGAUUUAUAUAGGAAACGGUGCCAAAUUAUAGUUUUCCAGCUCAUCUUCAUUGCACUCUUCUCAGGACUCGUGAUUCUGUUCUAUUUCUACCCCAUCAAGUGCGAGUGGUGCGAGUUCCUCACUUGUAUACCCUUCACAGACAAAUUCUGCGAGAAAUACGACCUGGACGCGCAGCUCCACUGAAAGGCAAAGACUGGCCUCUCGAGCAGGCCCUGGAGAUGGACUGUCUUUGCAUUAUGGGGACAAAGCCUCUAAUCCAGUGACACUUCUAACCCUGCCCGUGGUUAAUUUAAACUGUCUCCUUAGCACUUGGCAGGCAUGUUUUGCCUUAUCUCAGAAGACUCUGAAAACAGAACGUUUGUGCCUUGUUCAAUUGUAUUGAACCUUUUCUGCUGCCAUUAUUUUUAUUACACUAGUUUCAAUACUACAUUUUUAACCAGAGUUGUUUACUACUGCUAAGGUGGUGAUUAAACAGUGAGGUAGCGUUUUAGCUACUGUUAAUUGUU